AUGAAUAUAAAUGUGGAUUGGACCGUUGAAGAGAUUGAAGCAUGCUGCGACACGGUUAAUGGAUACUUUAGAUUCGUAUCAGCAAAACAAAAUCCGAAUCAAAAAGAGUUGUACGCUACCUCCUUGUAUAGAAAGUUGAUACAUCUGACAAGCCAUGAAAGUACAACUUUGAAAGAUUGGAAAAUUCAUGGAUACAAAGGUUUUGGCAGUGAAGUUUUAACCAUCUAUGUGGGCUGUCCAGAAAAAGUUCGUUCCACAUUAACUUUCAAUGCUAUCGAACAUGCUCCACAAAAAGAGCUACGAAUGAAGUGGAACAACCCAUGCACAGUUUGUUUUGCUUUUAAGCCAACACCCAAAAUUGUGGAAGUCAAUCAGCAACCAGCAGGCUCUCAGCAUCUUACUCCAAGCACUCGAGAAAACCACGAGAUUGAAUUUGUCUCUGAGUUACAAAUUGGUAACACUCCUACAGACCCAAUAGCUUAUAAUCAUCAAGCCUCCACAUCAGCUGAUCCUUCAUUUGGCGGUCCCUUUAAUACCAUGACAGACACUACAGGUAAAAAAGUUUUAUACUCGAAUAGAAAUUAG